AUGUUGGAUAUCGUCAUGGGGAGCACGUUUGUGAAAUGUGCUGCCACCGAUCUACUGAUCCAGUGGGUCGGCUGGGCUGUUGCCGCCGCCCUGAAAACGGAGAAAUUUUACGACUUAGCAGGGUCCGGUACAUUUAUAUUAUUAGCCCAUCUUAGUCGGAUAUGGGGAGGAAGCGGUCAUGUGCGGCAGAAUGUGCAAACUGGACUCGUGACAGCAUGGGGACUGAGGUUGGGCACGUACCUCUUUCUGCGGAUAAUGAAGGACGGGCACGACCGCAGGUUUAACAAUGUCAGGGACAGCCCCGGAACCUUCUUUGUGUAUUGGACAGUCCAAGCUCUGUGGGUGUUCGUGACGCUCCUGCCCACCCUGAUUCUAAACAAUGAGCACCGGGAUGAGUCCCUGGGUCCGCGGGAUUACCUGGGGUGGGGCCUGUGGGGGUUGGGCUUUGCCACGGAGGCCAUUGCUGACCAGCAGAAGUGGAUUUUUAAACAGGACCCCGAUAACGCUGGGAAAUUCAUCCAGAGCGGGCUGUGGGCGUACAGCCGGCACCCUAAUUACCUGGGGGAGAUCCUGCAGUGGUCCGGCCUCUUCCUGUCCGCCUCCUCGGUGAUGAGGGGUGUCCAGCACCUCAGCGUGGUGUCUCCUCUCUUCCUCUGGUUCCUCCUGCGCCACGUCAGCGGGAUCCCCAUUCUGGAGCAGCAGGCCCUGAAGAAGUGGGGGUCAGACCCCGCCUUCCAGAACUACCUCAGAAACACUCCUCUCCUCUGGCCCCGCCUCCAGUGAUAGGCCAUGCUUCCUUUUAGGGAGUUUAUCUUGGCGUAUAGUUAAGCCUGAUUAUAUACUUUGUUGCAUGACCAUUUCGACAAGUGCCGUGUGACAAAUGAGUGUCGCAGGACGUUUUGCAUUUAUACUUCAGCAAUGAGCUGUGGAGAGGGUUCUGUUGUCUAAGGUAACGAGACGCCAAACUGCUGUUUACAUCUGUGAAAACAUUGCGACGCCCGGUGAAAUAAGGGAGGCAUUCAUUUUAGAUCCACUUCAGUUCCAAAAAAUGAUGCAAACAAAACCGUUUAUAUGUCACUCAUAUAAACUGAAAAUAAUGACGUUUUCCUGACCAUUCAUUUCGUGUGUUCCAUUUGGCUGUCAACCUGUGCAACAAAUUAUGAAGUUCUGCGACAUAAAAUUCUAGAGGAGCGUGACACUGAAAGUGUCGGGCAACACAUUCUUCUGUUGAAAAUACGUCAUUUUUUAUGAAGUAUAAAUCAGGCUUUCGCCCCAAUCACUGGCAGAGGGACCAUGCGGUGUUAUUACAGAGAUCUCGAUUACAUCAGUUACCUCAAAGCAAAACAUUUCUGCAUUAGCCCAAGGCUUUUGGUAAUAGGAGACCAGCGGCAGUUUCUGUGAAAAGGGCACCCAGUAACAGCCAAAGCACUUCUACAGACUAAAAGCACUAAAUCCCAAGUGUUUAAAAUGCAUAUCGGUUACAAAGCGGGGUUAAGCGGUUUUCUGUUGUACUGUGACAAUUUUUUAAAUAUGAAUUAUACACCUGCCAUUUAUACUAUGUGCACUAAAUAAAAGUACGAUCAGCUUUAUGCAAAAUCA